AUGUCAAAACUACUCUUCUCCUUCCUCCUCCUCAUAAUAGGAGUAUCGGCCCAAUUCCAAUUCUUCGAACAAAUGUUCAACAACGGCGGCCAACAACAUCAUCAUCAUCAGCAACCACAAGAUGUACCCAGCGAUUCACAAUGGUAUCAAGAUAACUACGAUCGAGCACACUGCUCCGGCUACCUCUGUCCAGGCACCCUCUCCUGCGUCGCGGUUCCCCAUCACUGUCCCUGCGCCCACCCAGUUUACGAAGAGAAAUUCGAGUUGGCGGAUGGGAAUGCGAUUUGUAUAUCCAAGGGGGGGUUUAAAGCAGGGGAGGCGGCGAGGAAAGUCGAGUUGGCGAGGAAGGGGUUGAUUUGA